UGUGUGGGGGUGGCAGAAGGAGGACUGGCCGGUGGCGGGACAGGCACGGCGGAGGCUCGGGCAGGCGCUGAGGUAACUGUAACACCAUGAUACGAGACUUAUUUAUUGAAAUACAGUUUCUGGAAUGAAGUAGACAAGCAACAUAGAAAAGGUGUAAUUAUUUAUAAGUAAUGACAGUUCAUUUAUCGUUAGACGCCUAUUUGUUCUUUGUGAUUAACCCAAAAAGUCUUUGGUGGAAGCAGAGAAACAAAUACCUGUAUUUGUAUAGACCUAAAGUCUGCUGGAGGAUAAAUCAUGCCAUUCACCCGAGAGUUUUUCAUACGAGUGAGCCACAGUGUAAAUGGGCUAGAAGCAGAACAUUUUGGUACAACAAAUACAUUUACAGCCAUGACUUUUUAUACUACAGAGUUUCUAAACUUCUAACUUCUUCUUCCAAAGGACUUACAAAAGUGAACAAUCGCAUGUCACGAAUUAAGAAUACUAUAGAAUCUGUUUCAAAGGCAGUGUCUGGCACUCACAGUGAACUGGUUUCACGGAUAGCUCGAUUAAAGUCACACUCAGGUACUCUGGGAAAAGCAAAUAAAAGUAAUGCAGAUGCAAGUAACAUCCAUGCAAAUCUAGAAAAUGAUAAACAAGUCACAGAUGCCAGAACUCAGGAGGAUUGCAACAGAGGCCCAGCUGCAAAGAAAUCCACUUGUGCAAACGAAAACUUGGAGCCUAUGUUUGUAAGCUCAAGUGGCCCUGAUCAAGAUACUGCAAAUGACUCAGCAUCUACUAAAACCCACCUUUUUCAUGUAAGCUACUUUUCUACAAAUUUUGGAGAGACUUACAACUUCGUAGCUGAUCACAUCAACUGGUACUUUAAUAAUUCUGUUAUGGAUCAAGAGAAAAAAAGGAAUGGUUUCUUACAGGACUCUAAAAGUGAAGAGAGGAAUAAGCUUGAUUCAUCAGAAAAUACUAUAAUAAGUGAAGAAAAGACAGUGGAUUCAGCAGCUACUUCAACUCCUGAAGCAGAGACUCUGGGUGCUGAAAAGACAAACGCUGCUCUUCCAGUUUCCACUAAAAAAAGUAUUGCAAACUUUCUUUCAUAUCCCAGUAACAGUGUACAAGCUUUUGUAGACAGUUACAUUGGUGGGUUGGUUCCCAAGUUAAGAUCUGAUACAAAAGUUGUUUCACAAGAAAAGAGUAAACAGCCAGAACAAGAAGUGUCUGAGAAGGAUGAGGAGGACAAAGCAAAAGAGGCUAAGACUGCAGAAGAGAGGGAGAAGCAUCUGUCUCUUCAGAGAGAAAAGAUUAUUGCAAGAGUGAGUAUUGAUAACAGGACUCGAGCUUUAGUUCAAGCCCUGCGGAGAUCCUCUAAUCGAAGAGUCUGUAUCAGCAGGGUUGAAGAACUGACCUAUCAUCUUCUAGAAUUUCCAGAGAGCAGAGGAGUUGCAAUUAAGGAAAAAUUAAUCCCAUGCCUACUGCGACUGAGACAGGCAAAUGACGAAAGUCUUCAGGCUGCUGUUAGAGAGACUUUAGCUAUAAUUGGAUAUACAGACCCUGUGAAAGGCUGGGGAAUUCGAGUCCUCGCUAUUGAUGGAGGAGGAACAAGGGGUCUAGUUGCACUUCAGACUCUACGGAAACUAGAAGAACAAACUGGAAAGCCGGUUCAUCAACUUUUUGACUACAUUUGUGGUGUAAGCACAGGAGCUAUAUUAGCUUUUAUGUUGGGGUUGUUCCAUAUCCCUCUGGAUGAUUGUGAAGAACUGUAUCGCAAAUUAGGAUCAGAUGUUUUUAAGCAGAAUGUCAUUGUUGGAACAGUCAAAAUGGGUUGGAGCCACGCCUUUUAUGACAGUGAUAUAUGGGAAAAAAUGCUCAAAGAAAAAAUGGGCUCAAAUCUUAUGAUUGAAACCGCAAGAAAUUCCAAAUGUCCGAAGGUAGCUGCAGUAAGCACCAUUGUAAACAGAGGAACACCACUGAAAGCAUUUGUUUUUAGAAACUACAAUCACUUUCCUGGUGUUAAGUCUCAUUAUAUUGGAGGCUGUCAGUAUAAACUGUGGCAGGCCAUUAGAGCAUCAUCUGCUGCACCGGGUUACUUUCAGGAAUAUGUUUUGGGCAACGAUCUUCAUCAGGAUGGAGGUCUGCUUCUAAAUAAUCCUUCUGCAUUGGCAGUUCAUGAGUGCAAGUGUCUUUGGCCAAAUGUUCCAUUGCAGUGUCUGGUAUCGCUGGGCACUGGUCGAUAUGAAAGCGAGGGAAAGACCAAUGUCACAUACACUAGUUUGAAAGCCAAACUCACAAAUGUUAUCAGCAGUGCAACUGAUACAGAAGAAGUUCACACCAUGCUGGAUGCACUGUUACCUCCAGAUACUUACUUCAGAUUUAACCCUCUUAUGAAUGAAGACAUACCUCUGGAUGAAAGUCGUAAAGAGAAGCUCAAUCAGCUGCAGACAGAUGGAAUUCGUUAUUUAGAACGCAAUGAAGAAAAACUGAGAAAAGCUGCAAAAAUAUUAACACAAGAAAAAACAACUUUGCAGAGACUUCAGGACUGGAUAAGAUUAAAGGCUGACAUGUAUGAAGGCCUUCCCUUUCUUUCCAAAUUGUGAAUAGGUGGAUCUAGGAGGGAUCAUGAAUAUUUUGAACAAUAGGAUUUCAGUGCAGCAUGGAUUUGAGAAGAAAAUAGGCUAGAAUGAAAAAAGUGCCUCUGAAGAAUAAAAAUGUAAAAUUAACAAUGGGAGAAGGAAUACUCUAAUGCGGAACAUCACGUUAAAGGAAUCCAGCUUUGAAGAAGUACCCUUGGGAAUGCUGUGCAGUUAUCCAGUUAACAAACUGGAAUUGAGUCAGCAGUCGCAGCUACAAAAAUAACUAUGUGUAUCAAUGUACCAGGGGAAUUCCUUGGCCAGGAAAAUGUGAACAAACCUGAAAAAAAAGAGAUAUCAAUGUGAAUUUUGAAUCGAGAAGAGGAAAUUGCAAGAAGAUAGUAGAUAAGCAUUCCAGGUUACUCAUGAAUUCAGAGAAGACAACAAGGUUUGUCUGCCCAGAUGAGUAUUACCACUUGAAAAUGUGCCAGGUUUGCAUCCUGGAAAGAAAAUUGGGAAGUUCAUGCUUUUGUUUAGAAAGUGAUAAUGUCGAAUCUUUGCAAAAUUGACAUAAUACCCAAGGGCUCUGAUUUUGAAAGGCAGGAAGAAAGAGUCCAGACCAGGAAAUGAAAAGGUAAAGACAUAAAAUAAUCUCCUUUUAUGCAAAGUCAGAAAGAGAAAAAGUCUUUAAGGUCAUCUCUUAGUUUCUAAUUAUCUAUGCAGAAGGAGAUCUUAAUUGAAGGAGGUUUCAUUACCAAAGGAAAGAAAAUAAAACUUUUAGAUGUUGAAGGCUGAUCACUGAUUUUAGGAUAUUUCCUGUCAGUGUCCAUUCCAGCAGUGAUAUGAAGAUACUGAUUCUGUUGCACAAGGCACAGGCAGCAGCAGUUGAAUGUAAUUAUAGUUUUGGUCACUGCUAUUAGAGAAAGAGAUAUUCAGACUAAAACAGAUGCAAAGAAGGGCUGCCAAAGGGAAGAUUAAGAGAGCAUGGUUUGUUUCAUCUAACAAAACAAGGGCUGGAAGGAGGGUACAUGCUGCUGUUUAAAAAUACUUCAGGAAGAAAAAGAUAGUCAGCUAAAGGACAGUGCUUGCAUAAAACCAAAGGUGCUCAAACUGACCAGAAAUAAAUUUAGCCAGAAAGUAAAAAGGUGCUAAAGCCCCCAGGAGCAAGAUUACAGAACAGCUGUACAAAGAAUUAACAGAGCAAAAGAAACUGUUUUAGUCUAAGUUUCAGAAGCUGUGCUCGUGAAUGAAUGGGGUUCUAUAAUGCACUAUGAGAAUGGCUACCAGUCUCCAUGGCCAAUGGAAUCCCUUCUAACCUAUGUGGCAGGUAAGAACUCGUUAACCCCUUAUAUGUAACAGAAUCCAGAGGCUUAUGGAAGCUUCUAACAGCUCCUUCUCAUUAGGCCUAAUAGAUAAGGGUUAUGUCUUGUCUUUGAUCCGUCACUUACAGAGCAUUUCAUUUAUUUUGCUUUCCUUGCCUAGCUGGUAAAGGGAGCUGAUAGAGACUGAAGUAAUACAAGACACAUGACAGGUGAAGGAAAAAUCUGGUGCGUGCUUACUACUCAUUGGCACCGUUAAUUUUUCAUUGGAUAAUAAAAUACUUACAUGCUGCUGGGUCAACAAAUAGUGCUGAUUUUCUUCCAUUAAAAGAUUGUUCUCAAAAUGACAAGUAUUAAACAGAAACAUCAUCUGUUGCAGGAGAGGCUGUUAAGGCUUCCUCUUUCUGCUUAAGGAGUGCACUCCCAGGCACAGCUGUGACAAAAAGCCAUAGUCUUACACUCAAAGACAUAAGGCAAGAAGGCAAAAUGACUUUUGCUUUUUUUUUUUUUUUUUUUUGCACUGUUGCCUAAAAAGUGAGUCAAAUUUUCAGACCUUGCAGAACUGGUCUAUUUGAGGGACAGUUUGGUGCUAGAAGUAAGGUAUAUUCUUAGUGUAAGCAUAUUCAUUUACAAAGAGAAAUAAGCAUGCCAAAUGCCUCUCCCUCAAACUCUGUAGGAACAAGAUGAGUAGGCUCUUCCCUUGCUCCAGCCACACGUCACUGGGGUGUGAGCUCAAGGGGCUGCUCCCCCCGAUUCCCCCGAUUGCUGCUCAGCCGCCUCGCUCCCAGACCCGCAGUCACGUAUGCCCCUGGUACGUACCGGUGAAUUCCAGUGUGCCACCUGGUCCAGUACUUUCCUGACGGGCUUCACUCUUUGCAGCUACUCAUGUAACAAGAACCGUCUUUUUUUAAUUGUUCUUUCUUCAAGAUUUAACAAGGACAAUUCUAUUUUUUAUUUUAAUAAAAUCAGCAGACUUCAGUGAGGGGGAACCACUAGCAAUUUUCAGCAUAAUAUAAAAAUUAAACAAGCACUGAAACCCUCCAGUACUUAUAUCCCUGAUAAUGCAUGUUCAAUCUUCAGUAGCAAUGCAAUUUUGCUUUUUAUUUAUGAUUUCAUUUAAUUUAUUGGUUUCUCAUAACAAUAUCAUCAACGGCUAUUUCACCAUGUAAUUGCAAUAGCAUAAAAAAUACACAGUAGCAUUUUGAAAUCUUUACCUUUCAGGAAGAAGCUGUAAUACAGCAUUUUCAUGUAAAACCACAGAGACAACCUGGACAGAUUACUAAUACCAUUAAAGUGCAAUGCCAAGUUCCACAAGCUUAUGAUUUUAGCAUUUAAAAGCUUUUUUUAAUUUUCACAAACCUUGUAAACUGGAAAAGGAACAGCUUUCUGCGGUCACACCAUUAUUUUAUAAUUUAAUAAGGUAGUAAUAAUCACAGUAAUAUCACAGGGAAACAGUCUUCCAGAAUGUCUCAAAAUUUUGAUAGCAAACCCCCAAAAGUAAUUUCUUAACAUUUUGGUUUGUGUCCACUAUGAGGCAUAAUUUCAGCAAAACUGCUGUUCCAUGCUUCCUCGCUGGCUGCUCUGUAGAAAUCAGAAAUACGUUCCAUUCCUGUCCUUUUGUACACCUCAUUCAAAUAUAUUUUCAGGCAGGCAAGUCAGGCAGUCACGGAAUGCCUGACCUUGAAACGACAAGACCAAUAUUGUAAAGAAAAAAAAGCAGAAAUGUUGGCGAGUUUAAAAGCUGAGUAGGGAGUAUUUCUAUCCUCCUACAAGGAAAGGCAGAUAUCUCAGGUACUGCUUAAAAUGUGGAGUCAAAGGACAAAACCAUUGGCACUACUAAAUCUGACUUCAAAGCAUUACUUUACAAAGGCCACUAAGACAUAAGCAUGUCAUAACUUCAAAACUUGAGCAUUGUGUCUGUUCUAGCUGGUUUAUUUCUUGCUGAAUACUAGAUUUAAAGCCAUCAUCAAGCAAGUCUGAACAAUACUUAGACAAAUCUGGGUAUCAAUACAGCAGGAAAGACUAUUAUUUCUAUAGCAGACUGAGUUUUAAAUAAUUUGCACUAGAUAUGUCAUAAAUCCUUGGGAAGAGCUACAGAUCAGUAAGGAAAGCUUAGAUGAGAUUGUCAGGAAGCAAGUGUGCUCUGGACAGCUGUUUAUUGCGUGGGUUCAUAUAUAUAUAUAUAAAUGGUUGCGUAUAUUAGAGAUAGUAAAGAAAAAAGCAAGACAAAAUACUUCCAGCAUGAUGCUGUUCCUGUGUAUUUUAUGUCUGCCCUGUAAAGUGCAUUCACUUCAGAUUGUCUUUGAGAAAAGGAAAGCUUUUCCUCAUCCAUUAUGCAGGACUCGGUGCACUGCAGCCUCUCAGGUAAACAUCAUCUCUUUUCAAACCAAUACAUUUACAGCAGGCGCAUCAUAAUUCAACUUAAAUACUGUUAAAAAAAGAGAUUAGUUUCCAGAACUGAAUAUAUCCAGCAUGUGUUAGAUCAAAACUGAGGGGUUGCUACCCUCUUUUGUCAGCAACUGAUACGAGUUGGUGGGCAGGGACUGUCGCAGCGGCACACCCGGGAAGCAGCGUUACUUCCAUGCAGUUUCUGCUGCGUGGCCACUCGGUCACUCUGCAAAUGGCCCCUGCUGGCAUGGGAGACUGCGGCAGCCGUACGCGGGCAGCAAUCGGUUAUUCAACAGAUAUUCUCUUCCUCCACGUGAGAGUUGUAGCUGCUUUGUUGUAGCCACUAGUCACUCUGACCAGUCAGGCCUUUACAAAAUUAAACCACACGCAAGAAGAUACUUCUCUUUCCUUCUGGAGAUAAUGAGGAAGAAGACUUAAAUCAUUAACUGUCCAGGACACAAUGCCUUUGCUUUCCUCCCUCACAAUAGCUACUUGUAAAGAAGCAGCUUUUGCGGCCAGGCCUCAGAAAACAAUACUCCAUAGUCACAAUAGCCCACAGUCAGCUCAAAGUCACUAAAAGCACUGCAAAGGACUAUUUCUCAGGUCCCUGAAAUACUUUGAAAUGUCUGAUUUCCAGUUGGGUGUAGACUGCCUAACCCUAAAGGCACUGUGAAAGACCGGCAAUGUCAAGAGGUCCCUCUGCAGAGGGUCCCCAUGGUAAGUUCCCCAUUGCAAAGAUACUUCAGAGGUGUGGAGUCCCCAGAGCAAAUAAACUCCACCGAGGUACCUUGUUCUGGUAACCUCUUCUAUCAAGAGCAUCCUUGACAGACCUGGUAUCAAGAAGUGCCCAGCUGACAUAUAGGGGUGUUUGUGACAUGGGCAGAGAGUUAUUCUUAGCAGGGAGCUGGUGCCAAGCCUUCUCCUUUCUGCCUGGGACAGUUCCUCGAAAGAAGACUCCCAUGCCAACCUUCUGUGCCGGAGAAAUCUACUGUACAGUGAGAAAAUAAAGUUUCCAAGCUAGAUUCAGUGUUGGGCUGAGGGGUGUUAGAGCAGGUUUUCAGGCGUGUGAGGAAGCGAGCAUGUUUCCUAAACAAGCCAAACGGUAAGCAUGGGUGCUGCUCUGCUAAUCCUACAAGCCACUUGUAUGACUUUUGGUUGUCAUCAUGGGGUGAUGUGGGAACAGGCAGGCUGCUGUUCCAAAUGUCAAGUUUUCUAUUGUGUGAGAGGGCACGCUCCUGUUGGUGGUGGAAAAACAUAAUUGGUCCCCACAUGUGCCUAUGCUGCCAUGCUUUUGCAGAGACGUGCCAUCUAUGUGGGCAAAAGCAUGCGUCAUGGAGGUGGCACAGAAUACGCGCUGGAAGUCUCAGAUCACUGCAGACCUCAUGAGGAGGUGAUCGGGAUGGUAGUGGAAGAGUCCUUGCGGAACAUGGCUCCCGGACAUCAGGUGGGUCUUUCUCAAGAGUCCCAAAGCAUUAUGGGUGCUGCCAGAGGCAUGCUAAGGGAAGACAACAAAGGAAUCUCAAACUACGUAAAGCAGACCCAAAGCCUGUACAAAGUAGCAAACAGAACUUCUAAUUAGGUGCUCAGAAGUAUGUACUUUUUUAUCAUGACAGUUCUUGGACAGCUUUUCUUCCCUA